AUUUCCGGAAAUCGUCCUAUCUGGAUAUAGUUUGGUUUUUAAAAUAUUCAAAGGCUUACUUAAAUACGAGUAAUUUUUUCAAACAUUUUUGCGAAGUUUUGGAAUCAACUACGUUAAAAGGUAAAAUGAAGGCUUCAGCAGGCAACACUACCACAGAUCGAGGCGUGAAGUCUUCAUCGGAACGUGACAGGAUUGUCAUCUCAGGGAUGUCAGGUCUGUUUCCUGAGGCGCAAUCCGUCCAAGAAUUUGCUGAUAUUCUUUACAAUAAGGUAAAUCCUGUAACAUCAGAGAACAGUCCUUGGUUGUAUACACCACUAGAAAUUGGCCCGUAUUCAGGAAAAGCCCCAGGAUCACAAUAUUUCGAUGCACAAUUUUUCAAAGUACAUCAACGACUUGGAGAAAAAAUGGACGUUAUGUCGAGGAAGUUGUUGGAGCAAUCUUACCAAGCUAUUUACGACGCCGGUCUGAGCCCUCAGAGCUUAAAUGGUAAAAAUGUUGCCGUCUACAUAGGUACUUCUAUUUCUGAGACAGAAAUAACUGGAUUUCUUGAUACAUCUUCCAAGAGAGGUUUUGGAAUAAUGGGAUGUAGUAAAACAAUGUUCGCAAAUCGUAUCUCCUAUUGGCUAAAUGUAAAAGGUCCUUCCAUGGCCGUGGACCAAGCAUGUUGCAGCUCUAUGAGUGCUCUACAGCUGGCAUAUCUUGCCAUGAAAAGUAAUGAAUGUGAAGCUGCCAUUGUUGGAGGAUGUCAUUUGAGUAUGCUGCCUGAAUCAUCAGUUCAUUACAACAGAAUAAACAAGAUAGCAAAAGAUGGAAAGACUAGGUCGUUUGAUCAAGAGGCCAACGGAUGUGUUCUCUCUGAUGCUAUCAAUGUUAUUUUCUUGCAAAAAGCGAGUGAUGCUUUGAGGGUAUAUGCUGAUGUGGUCCAUGCUAAGAAUGAAUACAUUUCUUUGAAACAAGAAAAUGAGUUUCCGAAGAGCGGAUCAUAUAGGAAACCGCAUGAAAUUGCAAAUUAUUUAAAAGAUUUUUAUAUAGAAGCGGAUUUCGCCCCACAAGAUGUCGACUACGUAGAGGCAUUUGGCAUCGGUAAUCCGGAAUCAGAUAAAUCUGAACUAGAAGCUUUAACUGAUGUUUUCUGUGACAAGAAAACUAAUCCAUUGUAUGUAGGCAGCGUGAUGUCCAAUAUAGGUUUUACCGCAGCGGCUAGUGGCAUUACAUCCAUUAUAAAAGUGCUCCUUGGCUACCACAACGGUUUAUUUGCUGGUAACCUGCAUUACAAUACGCCACGCCACGACAUAAAUGCAAUAAAAGAUGGACGAAUUUGUAUUCUUGACGAUCACUGCCACAUUAACGGAAAUUACGCAGCAGUCAAUGCCUUUUCAGUAACUGGAGUCAAUGCUCAUGUUCUGUUGAAAGGAAACCGUAAACCAAAGGACUUAGCCAAAUAUAAAUCCAGCAUACCACACCUGGUGACAGUAUCAGGGAGACAAGAUAGUUCAGUAAAAAAAGUACUUGAUAAUUUAAAAUCAAGACCAAUAGAUCCAGAAGAACUAACAUUAUUUCACAACAUACAUUCGGUGGUGACUCCAGGGCACUUGGGAAGAGGCUACACAAUUUUGCAAACGCAAGAGAAUCAAACAGUAAGUUUAGGAGAAGCAGUGAACUAUUUCGAUAAUGCCAAACGUCCGUUGUGGUUUGUGUACAGUGGGAUGGGUUCUCAAUGGCCUGGGAUGGGCGCGGAACUUAUGAAUAUCCCAAUAUUUUCCGCAGCUAUUGAGCGCUGCCAAAAAGCAGUCGAAUCUAAAGGAAUAGACCUCGUGAAAAUUAUAACGUCUACUGAUCCUGAUAUUUUCAAUAAUAUUCUAAACGCUUUCUUGGGUAUCGCGGCCAUUCAGAUCGGUUUGACAGAUGUCACCUAUGCACUUGGUUUGGUUCCUGAUAAUAUCAUUGGACACAGUGUGGGCGAGCUCGGCUGCGCUUAUGCCGAUGGUUGUCUAACAGCAGAGGAAAUGAUUUUGGCUGCGUAUUCUCGUGGUCAAGCAUCCAUUGAGACUAAACUCAUCAAGGGUUCUAUGGCGGCCAUCGGGAUGGGAUACAAACAAAUCUUACCUCUGUGUCCUCCAGAAGUAGACGUGGCGUGUCACAACGGACCGGACUCUAGCACUAUAUCGGGCCCAGCGGAUGUGACUGCCCAUUUCGUAGCCGAACUGUCAGCCAAAGGAAUAUUUGCUAAAACAGUUCCUUCUGCGAAUAUCGCGUAUCACUCUCGUUACAUAGCUGCUGCUGGCUCCAACCUCUUACAAAUGCUGAAGAAGGUCAUAAAAAAUCCACGUCUUCGUAGUGAACGUUGGGUUUCCACGUCUGUUCCUCAAGAGGAUUGGAAUAAUGCAGCAGCCAAAUACUGUUCCCCUGAAUACCAAACUAAUAAUUUGUUGAACCCAGUUCUAUUCGAGGAAACAUCUCGACUUAUCCCAAACAACGCCAUUCUCAUAGAAAUAGCUCCACGUGGACUGCUACAGGCCAUUCUGAAACGUUCAGUAUCACCAGAUUGCUUUAAUAUAUCGUUAACUAAAAAAGGAGAUGGUAACGUCAUACAUUUACUUCAAACCAUUGGGAAGCUAUACAUUGAAGGAUGCACACCAGACAUCAAGGCUUUGUACCCAAAAGUAGAGUUACCAGUUUCAGCAGGGACUCCCAUGCUAUCACAAUUAGUUAAAUGGAUGCAUCUACAGGAAUGGUACGUUCCAAAGCCACAAAGUACUGAAAUAAUAACUUGUGCAGUCUGCGAACAUUUCAUAUCUGUGCAUGACAAAGAGCAUAGUUAUUUAAGAGGAAACAUUGCUCAAGGGAAAAUGAUAUAUCCUAUUGGAGGAAUUUUAGUUCUAGUUUGGGACACGUUAUGCAUGUCGAUGCUAUUGCCCAAAAAGAAGGUGUCGGUUAAAUUUAGCGACGUUCAUAUAGAAGUGCAACCAAUACUUUGCGAAGAAAAAAUAUUAAGACUGCGUGUAGCGAUCAACAAGGGAAAUGGACGAUUUGAGGUUACAAACGCUGGAUCUAAAGUUGCAAGUGGAAUUAUUUUUACUACAAGUAAAAAUGUGAUUAACAAAAUGGAUCAUGCAGUUACUUCUAUGGAACUAAAUAAAAACGACGUAUAUCAACUACUAUGGGAAAAAGGAUACUCUUUCAGCGAAGAAUUCCGUUUGAUAAAGAGUGCAAAUACGACUUUAUCUGAAGCCAUCGUAGAAUGGCGAGACAACUGGGUGACGCUGAUCGAGAAUAUGCUGCAACUGAAUAUCUUAAAUCAGAACGAUAAUGGUGUUUCACUACCUGCUAAGAUCUCUGACGUUAUUCUUAAUAUUUUUGAACACGAAAAGCCAAUAUUUUCAAAAGAUAGUUCAUCCACAUUAAAAGUAAUUCGGUCUGAAGUAUAUGAUUCGACGGAAUGCGGGGGUGUGAUCCUUAAGGGUAUACGAUUUCGUCAAAUUCCUAGAAUUUCAUAUCCCACGAGUCUGUUGGUUCCGUCUAGCAAAGACAAAACUGAAUUGAUAAAGUUGAAAAUACAAACUUCCUCUUGUUCAAAUACGAUGCUUCUAAGCGCAGAACCUGGGAAUAUAAAUUCCAUUCAUUGGUCUCAAGUCUUUGAACCAUCUGGAUCCGGAAUUCUUGUGAAGGUUCACUACGCAAGUCUUACUCCUAUAGAUGGUGAAAAGGCAACAGGAGCAGUAUCUCAUCAAGUGAACGAAAUCUGUUAUGGUAUGGAUUACAGCGGUGUUACUGAAAGUGGACAUCGUGUGAUGGGUAUAGUUCAUCGAGGUGCUUGUCGAAAUUAUCUUCGAGCUCACCCUGAUCUGUUGUGGCCAGUCCCGGAUCACUGGAGUCUCGAAGAUGCAGCAACUGUUCCUUUAGCUUAUGCGUAUGCUUUUUACUGUCUAAUGAUUAAAGCAAAACUUUAUUCGGGUAUGAAAAUUUUAAUACACGAAGGAGCUGGAGCACUCGGCCAGGCUGCCAUAUCCAUUGCUCUUGCACACAAAUGUCAAGUGUUCACUACAGUUGGUGACGUGAGAAUGAAAAGUUUCUUGAAAAAGCUCUAUCCAGAAUUGAAAGAACAACACAUUGGGAAUUCUCGAGAUGUGACUUUUGGUGACAUGGUACUAUCAGCAACAAAUGGGAAAGGUUGCGAUAUUGUAAUAUGUAGUGUCGAACCCUGGCUCAAACAUGUUUCACUUCAAUGUGGUGGAGCUUUAAGCAUUAUAAUUGAUACGGCACAAAUGUACAACCAGAAUAAGUUCGAAUUGCGUAUGAAUAGUCUGAUCAAUGAUAGAUCCUAUGUGAUUGCCGAUUUUGUGUCCAUGUUCGAUUUUGCGAAAAAUGAAGAAUUUAAAAAAUUACAAAUCCUCGUGAGUGGGGGCAUCUCCAAGGGCUACGUGCGACCACUAGGGCGAGUGACUUAUGCUGCAGAUGAAGCUCCACGAGCUCUACGCCUGUUAUCGAAGAGUUGGCAUCGAGGACAUGUCCUUUUAAGACUUACAGAUCGAGCGCUUCCAGCUAGCCUUAGGAUUAACUGUACUUCUAAAUGCAGCCAUUUAAUCAUCUUCAGCGACGAAUAUUUUGGUAUUCAGUUGGCAAAAAGGCUUAUCAAUAGAGGUGCCAGAAUGUUACAUAUCUGUUGUUCGAAGCCUUCGUGGUAUCUUCAACAUCAAACAGAAAAUCUUAAAUCUCUUGGAGUGAAUGUUAUCGUUUCUUCAAAUAACUUAAAUGAUUUGGAUGAUGUUGCAACCGUGCUAAAGAAAACUAUAGCAAUGGGACCGGUAGAAGGCGUAUAUUUGACGAGCUUCAAAGAUAUGGACAAUAAAUACAUAUCAAAUAGCUUGGAAUACCUUGAUGUUAUGUCACGAAAAUUUUGCCCAUCCCUCAAAUAUUUUGCAGUGAUCACAAAUAGUGAAAACGUCGGAAAACAAACGUCGAUUUUCAGAGCAAAGGAUAAUUUAGUUAUUUCACGUAUUGAAGUUCAAAAGCCAGAUUUUUGUGGGGAUACAAAUACUGAAGUACUGUUAGACAGAAGAGCUUGGGAUCUAUCGCUUUUAGGCGCAGUCGAGACAGGACUUUGCUCCAAGCUUCCAUUGUUGGUCGCACAAAUAAAGACUGAGACGUUGCCGCUGUAUCAACAGCUUGCUGAUGUCGCUGAUCUACCAUUAUUAAAUGAGGCUGGCGACAUGACCACUCUACAAGAUUUGGCUGCUAGAAGUGACAAUAUAAAAGUAAUUAAGGAAUUUUUACGUCUGAAAUAUCAUGUUUGUAUUUCGGAACACAACGUUUUGAAGUUAAAUAAACAUAAACUUCGUGAGAUAGAUUUUCUUGAAAACAACUUUGAGCACAAACAAGGUUUGGCUGUUUACUUCUCUCACAUAGCUGAAGAUGAAAUCAGUUCCGAUACUCCUAUAUACUUAUUGCCUACUCUUGGUAAUGAAAAUGCGGAAAAACGAGUCGAUGCACUGAAGUCUGAGUAUUUGUGCGUUGUUCCUGGGAUUGAAGGCCAUCACGUAAGAUUUCGUGGUCUCUGCGAGAGACUCAAACUGCCCGCGCUGGUGCUGCAGCCAAGUUUGGAUGUGUUGCACGAAACCAUAGAACAAGCCGCUCAACGCUACUCUAAGACACUCAUGGAAAAAAUUGGUGUCGGUAACACUUUCUACUUGCUUGGGUGCGAUAGUGGGAUUUUGAUUGCGAUGGAACUAGCUGCAAUACUUGAAGAAAAUGGUUUUUUGGGUACAAUAUUUUGUCUUGGAACUGCACCAGAAGAUGUCAAGCCAGUAAUUGAACAACAACUAGGCGCGUUCUCAACAGAGGACCAACUGCAGCUUGGAAUUUUAAAACAUAUUUUUACGCUACUAACUGGUGAAGUACCAUCAGAUUUAGAUGAAACUCUGCACCCUCACUCUUCUUGGAAUGAAAAAAUAGAUGCUUAUAUCAAAAUGAUGGCCGAUCGAAUAACACAAACAAAGCAAUAUGUGAAAGCGAUAGUACAAUCCGUAUAUGCAAGAAUUCUUAGCAUCAAACAGUACGACUCUUCAACUUUGCCUACACUGAAAUCUACAGUCGUAAUACUCCGCUCUCCAGGAUAUUCAUCAACUUCAUCUGCAUCGUCAUACGUAAUUGAAGAUUUAUCAGCACCACUUUGUGAUGCUGCCAAAGAUGUGCGAUGUGCAGCCAUCAUCAAUAAAAAUUUGUCAACUGAAAUAUUGGAAGAAUUCAAAACGAAGAAUUUAUGUGAUAGCUUUGUGAUAAAUUUUGACGACAAUUACUAUAAGUAAAGGCUUACUAAUAUUAAGUAAAUAAAAUUUUUGGGUUGCCACAUUA